CGAGUGGGGGUCGCUACAGCGUGGUUAUUGAAAACAAUAUAACUCAUGAAUAAAUAGCCAUUUGUGCUGCUUUGCGUGUGGUGCGAAUUAUGUGGAAAGUGUGCUGUUUUAUUGAUAUAUUUGUUAGAAGUGAGUUUUGAUUUGUGAUAUACUUCUAUGAAUCUCUUGUUACAAGUGUAAGACGUUAUUAGUUGCAAAAUCAGUUUCUUUUAAUAAUAACAAACGGCGUUGUUAACCUGUUUAUUAACAGUGACGGAUGGAAGGCCUUGCACAUUCUGCAGAGUCCUCCAAUGGCGGUAAAUUCAAGUUUGAAAUAUUUCUAAUGUAAUAUGUAAGAAUAUCGUGCAUUGUUAACGUGAGAUGGGUAGUCCCAAAGAAGAAGUUAUUGCUUCUGAAAGCAAUUGUGAAGUAAAGAGUGUAGAAAAGGACGCAGUUGGUGAAAUAUCGGACAGUGAAGUGGCUACGGCUACGGAUUCUUCCGUAAAUAUUUCUGCGAAUCAGUCAGUGUGUGAAUCGAACACUUCGAAAGAUGGAGACAUUGCUGCUGGUGCCGGUAAGAAGGGCAAGAAAAAGUCUCGUCAUGGAAAGAAGGGCUACUUGCCUUCAAAAGAUAACUCGGACCGGAGCGCGGUGCGCAGAGUGCACUACGCGGGCACUAAGUACAAGCAAGGCAGGAAAAGAGCACAAAGUUUUCCUUCCAUAUCAAAGUUCUUUCUUCCAUACAAAAGACCUCGUAAGGACGCAUUCAUUCCACCCACAAAGUUUCUUUUAGGAGGUAAUAUAUCAGAUCCCUUGAAUCUUAAUAGUUUGCAAGAUGAAGACAUUAACAGGGCAAUGAAUGCAGUUACUCCAGAAUCUUCUCCUCUGCCCACGCCGCCUCGACACAAGGCUAAAAUAGAUGUCAUUAUUCCGCCUAAUAUUAGAGAUCCCUUGAAUCUUUUGGAACCAUUGGACAAUGACGAGUAUGAGAAACGUCUUGAAAUGCAACAGCGCAAGCCACGCAAGAAGCCCCGUUUGCGGCGGAGAACUACUGAAUGCUCAGAUAAUACUCAAGUAGUUGAAAAGGCUGUGGAAGUGACAGCAGAUGGUAUCAAGGAGCCUCUUCCACCUGAACCAUCUACGUCAGCAUCGAAAUCUAUAUCAACAGCAGCUUCUAAAGCAAGAAAGAGGUCUUGCAGUGAGAGUGAAAAUUCUCAGAAGGGCAAGGAUGGCAAAAAGUUGCGCCGCAUGGAUUCCUUGGACAAAAUAGUCAGUCCUGUGGUACCACAGCCGGGGACAUGGAAGCGCGUCAGGCCGCACCAGCGGCCGGCGCCGCCCGAGCGCCCCAUCUCGCCACACAAACAGAGUAAGGCUGAAGGAGAACAUAAGCUGCCCACAUUUCAUCCAAAAAAUACAAAAUACCAGUAUGGAAACUAUGACAGGUACUACGGUUACCGUAACCUGAACGCGAUGAUGGACGUCCGCCUGCAAGUGUUCGAAAUGCACCGCCACCUAUUCCAGAAUAAGGAUGUGCUGGACAUCGGCUGCAACGUCGGACACGUGUCCAUCGCCGUCGCGCGCACGCUGGGCGCCCGCUCCGUCGUCGGGAUCGACAUUGAUCCAGUACUUAUUGGUCGAGCGAGAAAAAAUUUAAAAUCAUUCGUACCCGUUCCCGCGGAAUCAAAGACGGAAGACGAUAAGAAAGCGGAAAUGGACGACGAUAAAAAGGAUUGCGACAAAUGUACCGAAGAGAAAUGUACAGAUUGCAACACGUCAGCCCCAAAACCAGCUGACGAGAAAACUGGAGAAGAUAAGAAGGAAGGGAAGAACACGAGGAAAGUGAAGAAGCCGCGUAAGAACCGUAAGGCGGGGAAGCAGGAGCAGCGGUGUUACUUCCCGAUGUCUAUGUCGAUGCUCUAUGGGCCGUUGUGUAGCGCCUCCUUGGAGCCGACGCCGCCGGUCUUUCCGCAUAAUGUUACCUUUAAACAGGGCAACUACGUCCCGCGCGAAGACACGCCGCUAGGCUCGGAGAGCCCGCAGUUCGACCUGAUCCUGUGCCUGUCCACCACCAAGUGGCUGCACCUGAACUGGGGCGACGUGGGGCUCAAGCGCGCCUUCCGCCGCAUGUUCGCCGACCUGCGCCCCGGCGGGAAACUCGUCAUCGAGGCGCAGAACUGGGCGAGCUAUAAGAGGAAGAAGCGUUUAACGCAAACCAUCUACGAGAACUUCAACGCGAUCGAGAUGACGCCGCAGAAGUUCCGUGAUUUCCUGCUGUCGCCCGAGGUCGGGUUCAGCAAGUGCGCCGUGCUCGGCGUGCCGCAGCACGCCAGCAAGGGUUUCCGUCGCCCUAUACAGCUCUACAUCAAGGGCGACUUCACGCCCAGCAAGGCGCGCUGGUCGGACGCGUACGCGCCGUCGUCGGCGCACCGGCCGGAGGCGGCGCCGGCGCGGCGCACGGUGUACGCGCCGGUGGCGCCCGCGUACCGGCCCAGCGACGACGCGCCCUCCGUGGGCGCCGCCACGCCCUUCUCGCCCAACCUCGACUGCUCGGCCGACGACUCGCCCUUCUACAACCCGCGCAGCGACUCGUACGCGCCGUCGUACCAGCCGCCGCGGCCCACGGUGUACGCCACGCUGCCGUCGCCGCUGCCGCUGCCCGGCGCCUCGCCGCUGCCGCAGGCCGCCGCCGCCUCGCCGCGAGCCGAGCCUCCCGAGCCCGAGCCGGCGCCCGACCCCGUCUGCGCGAGGGGCUUCCCCGACAAGUGCGAUUCCUAACUGUACACAUGGCUGGAACCACACCGUCAAAACCAUGAGCGUGAUCACGUCCUUCCAGCUUUUUUUCGAUAGGUGAUUUAGCCGCGCCGUAUCAGUAAAACCGCCUAUAACGAAAGUCUGUAAGGAUGGUAUUCCACGUGUCCGAUUUCUUUGUCCGAUGUGCAUUGCGUCUCCCUAUCUCAUUAAGCAAAAUGUGAGACGCAAAGACACAUUAGACCAAGAUAUUAGACAGAUGGAAUACCGACCUAAUCUUGCUCAACCCCGCGCCUAAACCGCCUAAUGCGAAAGCGCUGUAUCCUCUCUUUAGCAAUUAGUUGUUUAUUUUGUUCGCCUAGCUAAAAUGACGGCGCAAUAAUGCGCUGUAGGCCUAGCACGUGAUGGGCGAGAUAGACUACCCGUCUUUUUCUAAUUAUGUUAAUUAAAGAGGGACGGGUAGAGGGAGAUACUGUCGCGCCAAUGAUAUGCUAGGCUGGCUGGGAUUAAAUAAUAAUCUCGAGAAGAUUACCCUCCAGUUAAAACAAAACAACUUCAAAAUGAGAAACAUCCGUACAAACCUCUGACUAGAAUUUGCAGAAACUGGAUCAAGAGGCUUUUCGGCUCGAGGCGGUCAGAUCGUUAUAGUGACGAUUUUAACGUGGAAAUCUCGUCGUUGCAGUAUUGGCUAUGAAUUUUAACAAAAAUAGUUGUAUCGUGAGAAAAUUGACGCUAAACAUUCGUCUAUUUAUUCUAAUCCAAUGUUACGUGAAUUAUAAUCGAUGCUGUAACGCGUAACUUCCACGAGGCCCCUUUAACUUGUCAAAUCAAAAUAAUGCACACAUUAGUAAUAGAUACUGUAUUAUUUUCCGCAAAGCAAGUCUUUUCCUUCUGAAUGUCUAAAUGACCGUAUAGGUAUUGUGUAGAUGUACUCCAUACCAUUAAAGUACAGUUGUAUCAGUGACCUUCUCAGUGUAUAUUCGACCAGCGUUAGUGAUCGUCUUCUAUCACAAAUGAUAGGACUGUUGAGCAAUGAAAUUGUUGUACUAAAUUCACUAGUUGGCGGUUUGACCGCAUACUUCCUGAGAUCUAUUUGGGCGACUAACGAGAUGGAGUUUGUUAAAGAUAUAGUAUAUAAUUAUUAAUAUACAUGGUGAUAACGUUCGUUACUCGCUCAAUAGGCUGAUCGGUUUAUAAUUUGAGAUGUAAAUAUCGCUGUAGAUUCCCUAGGAUUAUGUUCAGUUGAUAAAAGUAUUUUAUAUUAUACUCGUAAAGUUUUAAUCUA